ACUUACAACAUGUCCAACAUGUUCAAGUUGAUGACAUGGUUCUCUAUGUUGUGUGUUACCGGUUCAACUUUAGUUUUAGGGCGAAAUAACACCGCAAAGGACAUAUUUAUCCUAGCAGGACAAAGCAACAUGGCCGGCCGGGGUGGUGUCAAUCAUGGGAAGUGGGACGGUAACAUCCCGCCUGAAUGCAAACCAAAGCGGUCCAUCCUCCGCUUCACCGCGAACCUUGAUUGGGAAGUAGCAAGGGAACCCCUACAUGUAGACAUUGAUAUAGGAAAGGUUUGUGGGGUUGGACCUGGGAUGGCAUUCGCUAACGAGAUCAUUCGAUCACACAGGUCCAGAACCGGCAUCAUCGGCUUGGUCCCUUGUGCUGUUGGUGGGACUUCCAUAAACAAAUGGGGAAAAGGAAGCCGUUUGUAUGAUCAAUUGGUGAAACGAGCCAAUGAGGCAUUGAAGGAUGGUGGUGGAACCAUAAGGGCCAUAUUGUGGUUUCAAGGUGAGAGUGAUACAGUUAAUAAAGAUGAUGCUGAGACAUAUAAAGGGAAGAUGGUGAUGCUCAUUGAGGACUUGCGUUUGGAUCUUAAUCUUCCCUCUCUACCUUUUAUCCAGGUCGUACUUGCCUCCGGAGAAGGUACAAUUACAAAUAUAGAGAUGGUGAGAAAAGCUCAAAUGGGGAUAAAGAUGAAGAAUGUAAAGUGUGUGGAUGCCAAGGGGUUACCUCUAAAUGCAGAUAAUCUUCACCUUACUACCAUGUCAGAGGUCAAGCUUGGUCUCAAAUUGGCUUAUGCUUUUCUCCUUUCUUUUUCCCAUUUUCAUUGAUCAAAUCACUUUGUCAAAUUACUACUAACACUAGUAAUUAAAGAAGAAAAGAUCAAUCUCCAUUUUGCAUGCAUGUUGAAUAAGUUCACUGUUUGGUGGAAGUCCCAAUCAAUCCAAUACAUAUCCUUGACUACAA